UAUGAAUGAGAAAUAGCUAAGAUUCUGAUGCGAUCUCCACAGUACUAAAGAACUUCAGCCUCCUACGGGGUCUUGGACCCCUAAUCUUGACCCACAGAACCCACGCAGCAGACUGGUGCUAAACUACAUGAGAGAUCUGAACUAAGAUAGAAAUUUAUCACCAAUCCAUGAGAGCAGUCUAAUCAGGGGGAUCAAUGUGGGGGUGAGAGCAUCUUCAUGAUACAGAUUACAACUCAGCCUCAUUCAGAAGCUUAGAAGCUUGAAUUUCUUUCACUUCUGCUGCUGUUCCAGUCUGGUGCAAAUAAAACAUAUCCAAGAAAAUCAUUUCUCUGUGAAAUAUAACAUGGUAAAACCAGAAAUUCCUUUACACUACAGUGAUUGUUUUCUAUUGGAUUACCAAUUGUUGAGAAAUCAAGUGAAAUAUGUGAAGUGUGCAGGAAUUUAAUGUGUUCCAUAUUUGCAAAAAGGAAUGGUCGCAUAUAUAUGUUGUUACAUGAAAAUCAUUGCUUAACUGAAGGAGUAGAAAUAAAUGAUGUAGUCAGGGUUUAAACUGCAUCACAGCAAACAAAUAAUGAAAUUUGUGGAUUAAAAAAUACUGCAUAUUAGUCCUUAUCUAUGUCUUGAUGAUUAUAAAUAUGGAUUGUAAAUGGUUAGAAUGUGAAUAAAUCAUGCAGAUCAAGUGGUUUUACUAGCAUUUUAGGUAUUUGAACAUUUAGAGGUUGUAAAGUUAUGCAGUAGUGUGUUCAAAAUUCCAUACAAAGUCAGCCAUGCGGAAUUCAGGAAUCUACCUUGUGCCUAUUCUGUGCCUGUGGAUGCAUUCAACAUUCUGCAUACCAGUAGUGCCAAAAUCCGGGGAAACCCUGGUGGAAAAAACAUACUCUCCACACAACGAAGAUGAACUUGACAUUGAAUCUGUGCAAUAUGACAUAUCUGCCAACUCAGGUAACAUGUUACUGUCAAACAAUGGUGCUCAAACUUUCCACACUCUGCAUGCAGCAGAAAUUUCUAGAUCAACAAAACAAGAACAACCUAACCAGAGAAAUAUUAUUAAAAUCUUUGAUACCAAACAAAACCAUCAGAACCAACCAAUUCCAGAAAACAACAGAAGAGAAUCAGAGAAAAUUUUAUUUGAAAGCAAUCCAAACUUAGCACAACCAGUAUCAAAUCCUAGUAAUACUUCAGCAGCUGAGUCAUCUCAAAAGAAUGAUGGAACACUGAACAAUUCUGAGAGUUCUAAUACACCCUUAAUUUUAAGAACAUUACAUUCCAAGAAUUCUUCAAUAGAUUAUACAUAUAGCAAACAAUCUGGAAACCAUGAGCAUAGUCAGGAAAGUUUGCCAAGCCAUGCAGGCAACAACCUGUCUGAUAAAACUCAACAACAAACAAAUAAACAGGAUGAUGUCUUUAAUCAUGAAUUAACCGUUCAAGUUGCUGAUGAACGUUCUAGACCACUUCAGCUAAAAGUUAUUAGUGACCUUGAGUCUAAUGGUGAUGAAACAACUAAAGUAAAUGAAAUGUUGUUGACGGUGGGUACAGGGCUAGCAGCUCUUUUCAGUGUUGGAGUUAUAGUUGGUCUGUUCUGCUGCUGUGCUAAGAAGCCUCCAGCUGAUGACAGUGAAAAACUCAAACAGGAUGAGAGUAAGAGCAAUGAGGGCAAAGAGGUCAAUGAGGACACUGACAGCCAGGGGAGGUCACUCCAAGAUUCACAGAAACCAUCACAACUGUUCAAUUCAAGUGACCUUCCUAAAGGAGAGAAGGACCUGGAUGAUGAAGGGGCCAUGUCAGUAAAGGACAAGGUGAAGGCCCUAAACAACAAACUGCUUAUACAACCCUCACCAGACAAACACAGGUCCCAGCUCUCCAUAGAACAGCAACUUAAACGUCGGUCCCAGCUGACCCCGAAUGAGGCUGACUGUCGGUCCCAGCUGAACCCGAAUGAGGCUGGAAACAGGUUAUCCCAGCAUUCACCCGAUGACUCGGCAAAACGACGCUCAUACAAUGAGGCCAUCUCACCAGAGCAAGUGCCUUUACUGCCACCAGUGUCAAAGCAGCCAAAGAUCACGGUCUCUGAGGAUGAGGUUGUGAUGGACCAGUCCAAAAGUACCGCCGGGGACAAUAUCAGCAAGAGCGACACUCAGGAUGACAUAUCAGACAAGAUAUUUGACAACAUAUCCAUGCACAGUUCUGUGUCCCAGCCAUAUAACCCUGAUGUUGUGAUUGCCGAUACAGAUGAGGAAGAGGAGUUUGCCGAGAUCCAACGAGGCACCAAAAUACUCAAGUCUUUCCAGCGAGCAAAGCCUCCAAGAAACCGUAGUCCAGCCACUCGAACAUCCAAGGGCAAAAUCAGGAAAGCUAGACCUGGUAAGUCAACAACCCCGUCCAUCAGUCGAGAUGGGUCGCAUGACCGGGAAGCAGGUGCUUCUACGCCUUCCUCCAUUUCCUUGGCAACACCAGGUUCAGCUACGACCCCAAUGACCCCAGUCUCAAUAGCAACCCCAGACAGCAAGCCUGGGAGUCUGGAGAGGUCAGAGCCAACUAAAUCUGAGAGGUCACAGCCAGCUAAAUCUGAGAAACCUGUCAAAAAAAGCUAA